CCGUCGCUGUCAGAUGUGCAAAAUCGAUCGAUAAACUAUAUCUGCAACAGAAUUUUCAGCCACACGCAGAGACAGUGAGGUGGUUGAAGCUCUGUAGUGCCAAAAUUAGUGUCCUUUUUGUGCCAAUUGAGCUGAACGGAACACGAAAUCAGCACCAUGCUAAGCUAGAGUAAGAUUUUACAAGUAUCCAGGGCGGCCAAGGAUAUUGAAUGCGAGGAAUUAGCUUGCAUUCUGUGCGAGCAGGAAUACCUUUCUUCCAUCAUUUGCAUCACGUCAUCCACAUCCAUUUACACCCGCUGUCGUGUCAUUAUAGUGUUUAGUUAGCGAAAGAAGCAAUGAAAAAGCAAAAUGUCCGGACCAUUUCACUAAUCGUGUGUACUUUUACCUAUCUACUGAUCGGAGCUGCCGUAUUCGACGCACUCGAAUCGGAAACGGAGAAAAAACGCUGGAAGGCUCUUAGUGCGGUUGAAAAUGUACUCAUCACGCGGUACAACAUAUCGGCGGAAGAUUUCAAGGUAAUCGAAACGGUUAUCAUGAAGUCGGAACCCCACAAAGCAGGCCAACAGUGGAAGUUUUCCGGAGCCUUUUACUACGCCACGACGGUGCUGACCACGAUUGGGUACGGCCAUUCGACGCCUUCUACUGUCAGCGGGAAGAUCUUCACCAUGUGCUACGCGGCCAUCGGCAUUCCGCUUGGGCUGGUUAUGUUUCAGAGCAUUGGUGAACGAGUGAAUCGGUUGAGCAGCGUGAUCGUGCAUGCAGUGAAAACGUCCUUCAACUGCAAAAAAGCUAUCGCAUCCGAAGUGGACCUUAUUCUGGUAGUCACAACACUGAGCUCCCUAACGAUAGCAGGGGGAGCGGCUGCGUUCAGCAAAUUCGAAAACUGGUCCUAUUUUGAUUCAGUUUAUUACUGCUUCAUUACACUGACCACCAUCGGGUUCGGAGAUAUGGUCGCCCUGCAGAAAGACAAUGCCCUGAACCAGAAACCGGAGUACGUAGCCUUCGCAUUAAUUUUUAUCCUUUUCGGUCUGGCGGUAGUUGCAGCCUCGUUGAAUCUUCUGGUACUUCGAUUCGUUACAAUGAAUACCGAGGAUGAGAAGCGGGAUGAGGCGCAAGCGAUUCAGGCCUUGCAAAUAGCUGUGAAACUGGACGGAGACAUCAUUACCGGGAACUCCAGUGACUCAGACCGCAAGUGCUACGAACGAAUGUCAAUUUCCGGCCCUACCCGUAACUGUACCGGCUGUCCCCGGAAAUACGAUGCCCAGGAUACGAGCGUCGGUUACAUCAUGGAUGCCAGCUACCGUUAUCCGCUGGUGGACUGUGAAAUGGCCGAACUACGAUCGCCUGGCUUGAGGUACAACACCUUCGAGCUGGAAACGGAGGAAGACGAAGGGUUGAUAAGUCCGUUGCGGUACGACCUUCAACCCGGCCGGGGAAGAGCGUCGGUUUAGGAUAGAGUGAGAUGUCGUUUGAGGGAGUAGUCUUAGAUCAUAAGCAAAUAGAUUUUCUGGGUCUAAAUUUUUAAAAAAGAAAUAUUAAUUUCGAGUUUUUUAGUGAUAGAUAGCGAUUGAAAGCGAUCGGAUGAA